AAGUGGCGGUGGGCUCGGGCGGAAGCAGGAAGCGGCGGAGCAGGACGACGCCAGUGGUGUGGCAGCGGACCGUGGGGCCAUGGCGGAGAAGUUCGACCACCUGGAGGAGCAUCUGGAGAAGUUCGUGGAGAACAUCCGGCAGCUCGGCAUCAUCGUCAGCGACUUCCAGCCCAGCAGCCAGGCCGGGCUCAACCAGAAACUGAAUUUUAUCGUGACCGGCUUACAGGAUAUUGAUAAGUGCAGACAGCAGCUUCAUGAUAUUACUGUACCUUUAGAAGUUUUUGAAUAUAUAGAUCAAGGUCGAAACCCACAACUCUAUACCAAAGAGUGCCUGGAAAGAGCUCUGGCGAAAAAUGAACAAGUUAAAGGGAAGAUUGAUACAAUGAAGAAAUUUAAAAGCCUGUUGAUUCAAGAGCUUUCUAAAGUCUUUCCAGAAGAUAUGGCUAAGUACCGAAGCAUCCGAGGGGAGGAACAUCCCCCGUCAUAACUUCCUCUUCGAACAUCUAGUCCUGUGAAUCACUGUAACCUUCAGGCAGCUUGUGACUGAGCGGCCUCAGAGACAGGAGGCCUAGAGGACUUUGUAGAGUUGUGCUGCCAGCAGCCCCCUCUUUGCAGAGGGCUGGUGAGCACACAUUUUUGAGCGCGAUGCAUUUGAUCCUGUAUGGCAGAAUUAUCUUGGAAAUAUUAAAUACGGUAGGUAAAGUAAAGGGUUUAAAAAUAUUACUUAAGACUUUUCUGUUUGUACUUCUCUUUUUCAUUUUAUUAUGAUGUCAAAGAAAGCUAAAAAAAUUAAAGAAAAGGUUUAAUAUGAGAAAUACUGGAAUUGGUUUUGUAUUUUAUAUUUUCAAGUAUAAUGCAUAAAGAAUGUGUUUAAUAUGACUGUUUACGUGGCUUUCAAUUAGACAUAAGCAUAUAAUAAAGUCUUUUAAGUACUUAUAUGACUUACUCCAUGUAAUUAUAACAUUUUUACAGUAUAGUGCAGUGCAUCUUGUAAACAGUCAGUUAUUACUUCCCUAAAGUGUGAAUAGUAUUCAUAAAAUUUGUUCUUCUGGAAGUGGAUCAUGGAUUUAUGCUUGUUCAGGGUUGCCAUACUCAUUUUCUAUUGCCCUUAAGCUCUGAAAUAACGAGGUAUUAGUUUCAAAGGCAAAUGUUCAUCUAUGGGGAACAUCAGUAAUAUCCCUGGGUAGUUUAUUAUGUUAUUAUCAAAUAAAAAAUAUGUGAAUGGC